AAAAUCCUAAAUCUAAUCCCCGGAAACACCAUCCUGUGUUUUGGUCUUGUGAUCACAAUGGUCGAGGAUAUGAGAAAAUUCCUUGUGGAGCUGUUGCACAGGACAGACAACCUUCUUGGUAUUGUGAUAACCGAUCGAGAUGGUGUGCAGUUGUUAAAAGUUUUUAAAGAUGACGCCCCAGAUUUGGGCAUGCGGCCAGCCUAUCUCUCCACUUUUGGCAUGGCAACUGAUCAAGCAGGAAAACUUGGCAUGGGCAAAAAUAACAAGAUGGUGUGUAUUUAUGGAAAUUACCAGGUAGUGCACUUCAAUAAACUGCCGCUUGUGGUAACUGUUAUAGGGACAAGUACAGCAAACACAGGCUUGCUCAUGGACCUUGAGAACGAAUUUUCACACAUAGUAUCACAGCUCACGCAUGUCGUUGAUGGUAUUUAGCUAAUAGUGGAGUUGAGAGCUUUAUAGAGAGAUAGAGGUUAUUAUUAGAGUUUCUCAAUUGUAUUUGAUUUUAUUUUCUCUUGUAAUUUACAAAGUGUAUGGCAUUUUAGGCCUGUAAUCUAUUGUCACUUAUAUCUGAUAAUAUUGGAAAGGAGGUUAAGAAAAGAGAGAUUUUUAGAGCAUUGAAUAUAUACUGGCAGAUAUCUGUAUCAUAACAUGCAGUUAUCUUAUUUUAUGGCUAAUAUUGUUUAUCAGAAUUAAAAUAUCUCUUGACUUAAACGUGAACCUCCUGCAUCUGAUUAUUAUAUUGCUAAGUUUGCUUUCAGAAGAUUGUAUAAAGUCGUUGUUUGGAUUUAGUUGACUGCAUUGAUUUAAGAAAUUGUAUUUACUUCAUUGGCAUGACAGAAUUGUUGAUAAAACCCAUUGUGGUUUUAUUAUUUUUUGUACCAUAAACUAUUUUGCAUUAAAUAUAUUACAAACGUU